AUAGUAUUGGCUGUCAGCAGCAGGGCAGCUUCUGGUGUUAAUGAACAUGCUUCCUGUAUCACAGUGGAGGGAGGAAAAACUUGUGUGUUUACUGUCUAAGAUUAGCCUGAAAUUCCAUUUUGAGGAAGAACAACUUUUUUUUUUUUUGGUUAGAGGCGAGGAAUAGAAAAGCAAGAAAUGAUAUAGGAAGUGCCGGAGAAGUUGCUUUCAAGUGCUCCUCUGGGUAUGAGAUCCAAAAGGAAACCUAAGGACUUCCAAGAUCAGCUUCAUUUCUUCAUUGUCUUCCACAAAAUCAUGGAACAUGCCGGAUAAGUAGACUGAGACAAGUCUCCACCGACUACAGAGUCGCGACCGACUUUUCCCCCCCAACUUGUUUUGUACCGAUCGCCCGAUGUCAUCAGAACAGCCCGCCUGGACUUUCGGACUCUUCACUCCCGACCAGAACAAACAGGCGCCGCUGGAGAUGAAUGAAAAUGCCAUUAACAGUCUGUACGAGGCGAUCCCCCUGCCGCAGGACGGGAGCAGCAAUGGGCAGCGGCAGGAGGAUCGCCAGGCCAAUUCUUUUGAACUGAAGCGCGAAACGCUGGUCGCGACCGACCCCCCACGACCCACCAUCAACUUGGAUCCGAGAGUUUCCAUCUACAGCGGCCGCCGACCCCUUCUCAGCCGGACCAACAUCCAGGGCAGAGUUUACAACUUCUUAGAGCGGCCCACCGGCUGGAAAUGCUUCGUCUAUCACUUCACUGUAUUCCUCAUCGUGUUGAUAUGUCUGAUCUUCAGUGUACUUUCUACAAUACAACAGUAUAACAAUUUGGCAACAGAAACCUUAUUCUGGAUGGAAAUAGUUCUCGUGGUUUUCUUUGGGGCAGAGUACGUGGUUCGGUUAUGGUCGGCUGGAUGUCGAAGCAAAUACGUUGGGGUAUGGGGCAGACUUCGAUUCGCUAGGAAGCCUAUAUCUGUAAUAGAUCUAAUUGUAGUCGUGGCCUCGGUUAUAGUGCUUUGUGUCGGCUCCAAUGGCCAGGUCUUUGCAACGUCAGCAAUCAGGGGAAUCCGGUUCCUGCAGAUUUUACGGAUGUUGCAUGUGGAUCGCCAGGGCGGCACAUGGAGAUUACUGGGAUCUGUGGUUUUUAUUCAUAGACAAGAACUGAUCACAACAUUGUACAUUGGAUUUCUGGGUUUGAUUUUCUCAUCCUACUUUGUUUAUCUUGCCGAAAAAGAUGCUAUUGAUAGUUCUGGAGAAUACCAGUUCGGCAGUUACGCUGAUGCACUUUGGUGGGGGGUGGUGACAGUUACAACGAUUGGUUACGGAGACAAAGUUCCGCAGACGUGGAUCGGGAAAACCAUCGCUUCUUGCUUCUCUGUCUUUGCCAUUUCUUUCUUUGCCUUACCGGCGGGGAUCCUUGGUUCAGGUUUCGCCUUAAAAGUGCAGCAGAAGCAGAGACAGAAACACUUUAAUCGGCAGAUCCCGGCAGCUGCAUCUCUCAUUCAGACAGCAUGGAGGUGCUAUGCAGCGGAAAAUCCUGAUUCGGCGACAUGGAAAAUUUACAUCCGGAAACAAUCACGAAAUCAUCACCUCAUGUCGCCCAGCCCAAAGCCCAAAAAAUCCGCCAUGGUACUGGUGAAAAAGAAAAAAAUUCGUACAGAAAGAGAUGAGGGGUCUACAGACAAAAUGCUAAACAUUCCGCAUAUAACAUAUGAUCACGUAGCUGACGAUCGAAAGAAUGACGGUUACUCAGUAGAGUCGUAUGAGAACACAGUAAGAAAACCCUUUGGAUUCUUAGACCCCAGUACUGGACCUUUUAUCAGAACAAGCAGCUUUACAGAUGACCUGGAUAUGGAAGGGGACACUCUCCUCACCCCAAUAACUCACAUCUCAGAGCUUAAAGAACAUCACCGUGCCGCAAUAAAAGUCAUCCGACGAAUGCAGUAUUUUGUUGCAAAGAAAAAAUUCCAGCAAGCAAGGAAACCCUACGACGUGCGUGAUGUUAUCGAGCAGUAUUCGCAAGGUCACCUUAACCUGAUGGUCAGAAUCAAGGAGCUGCAGAGAAGAUUAGAUCAGUCACUUGGAAAGCCUUCCCUCUUCCUCUCUGUAUCAGAUAAAGUGAAAGAUAAAGGAAUCAAUACAAUAGGUUCAAGGUUAAACCGUGUAGAAGACAAGGUGACUCAGAUGGACCACAAGCUAAAUCUUAUCACUGAUAUGCUCCACCAUCUGCUAACAAACCAGCAAGGAUCUCAGUCCAUCCGAACUCCUCAUCGGAGCAACUCUUUGAAUUCCGAGAACCACCCUUCCCGCAACACCCUUCCCACCUACGAACAGCUGAAUGUGCCGAGGAUGACUCAGGACAAUAUAUCUUGAUGAAUGCACUGCAGUGCUGCUACUUUUUUCUUUAAACCUACGUUGGAAUCGUUUUACCAUAAAACUGGGUUAACUGCUGUACUCAAGUAGAUGUUCGUUUCUUUAAUGGACGCAUUUAAAAUGGUUUGAAAAAAAAAAAAACCUGCAAAUGAACAAUCUGACUGCAUUUCCUAUACAUUAAAGAGGGUAAUGCUCUAUUUACAUAGGCAUCUCUCCAACAUUUUGUAGGCCCCAAGUAGAAGGUUUUUUGUUUUUUUUUGGAGGACAAUGAUAAGAUUUCCAAUCAGAUGGAGUUUGGCUCCAUUUGGUAGCGCAGCCUCCAGUCAUAUGGAGUUUUUAUCCUGGUUGGUUGAUGACGUUGAGUCCAUUCGCUAGGAUUCUGGUGUAGGAAUGAAUGAUAAUCACCGAAGCCAAUGGGCGCCUAGAAAGCUGAAACCAAUGGCUACAACUUUGCUGAAGGACAUACAGUGAUAAAGGGAGAAAUCUUUUAUUGCUAUGCAAGGAAUAUAUAAAAUGAUGCAUUUCAAGUGUA